ACCUACAAUUCGCGGUGCAGUGUGGGAACAAUAAUGUCGAUUUCUCAUUGCGACAGGUGAGCGAAAUUUCAAAAAAUUUACAUUAAUUUGGAUUAAUGUGUGUUGAUUCUUUUGAUAAGAAAGGAACAAGAAAUUCUGAGACCAAUAAAUCGUAUGCUUCUGGUACUUUUGUUUAUCAAAUUUCUAUUUUCAUAUCCUGUGUUGUGUUUAGUUCUAAACUGUUUAUGCUGGCAGCUGUAUUUGUGCAACAUAAUACGAGAUUUACUUGAUAUUCUGGAUCCUUAUACACUUGAAAUAAUAAUCUUUCUAUCCUUACUUAUUGAAAUUUGAUUCAUCUGUGAUGUAAAUAAUUCAUAGUCUUAUUUCUAGCUGUGUGCGGAAGAAUGGUUGAUUAUUACGCUGCGUUAGAAUUAUCAAAAUCCGCUACUACUCAAGAAGUUAAACAGGCGUACAGAAAACUUGCUCUAAAAUGGCAUCCUGAUAAAAAUUUAGAUAAAAAAGAAGAGGCUGAGAAGAAAUUUAAAGAAAUCAAUGAAGCCUAUGAAGUUCUGUCUGAUGAAAAGAAACGUAAAAUAUAUGAUCAGUAUGGUAAAGAAGGUUUAGAUGGUGGUGCCAAACGAAUGCGCCGAAAUUAUCAUGGGAGAGGCUCUACAACAGAUUUCGAUCAUGACUUUUCACCAUUUUUCCAAUUUUCAUUCCGAAAUCCAGAAGAUGUGUUCAGAGAAUUUUUUGGUGGAGAUCCUUUUGCUGAUUUCUUUGGCAACAACCAAGUUGGGAAAAGCCACAAUGGAAACAGCGGUGGUCUUAGAACACGUGAUCCUUUUCAAACAGCUGGAUUUGGUUUUCAUAGUUCUUUUCCAUUUAAUUUCCUAGAUAUGAAUUCAGCGUUUCCUGAUACUAGGAACAGUUUUAAUGCCACUGUGUCUAUGACAGGCAUGAGUAGUGGAGGAGGUUCAGCACCAAAUGUUAAAAAGACAAGUACUUCUACUAGAUUUGUAAAUGGGAAGAAAAUAGAAACUAAGAAAGUUUUGGUCAAUGGAGUAGAAACAGUUACUGUUCAUGAAGAUGGUGUUUUGAAAUCAAGAACUGUUAACGGUGUACCACAGCAACUUGCACUACGCUAGAAGCUUAAAUAAUGCUCACAAAUGAAAAUUGCUUUCAAAUUCCACUAUUAAAACUGUAAAAGUGUUUUUGAGUUUGUUAAUUAUUAAAUAUAGGAUACUAUUUGGCUGAGUGAAAAUAUAAGAUGUAAAUAUAUCUUGUGCUAAUUGUAAUAUUUAACCUUGUUUCUAAUGGCUGUAAAAAAUCUUGAUGUCGCAUAAAAGUGCUUUCUUUAUGAAAUAAAAAUGUGUAUAACUUUGCUGAAUGUGGAGUGAAAGUCAUAUUUUGCUGUGUACAUUUAACCCAUAUUGGUACAACUAUUCACCAUUAUGUAUUUCUUUUGUACUUAAGUCAUUAACAAAAGCAAAUUUCUAAAUUUUUUUUUUUCUGUAUGAAAGUUGAAUGGUAUGUUUGAUUUUUCUCUUUAAAUAUUGUUCUCAACUAUUAUCUGUGAAAAAGAUAUUUAAAUACUUUUAUUUUGCUCCUCAAUUCAAUAACUUAUUUCACAGAGUAAUGAAAAUUUGUACUUAGAAGUGCAUUUAUUAAUAGAUAAUAUCUCUGCUUUUGGUAACUUUCUAAUUUACUAUGCCAACUUCUACAGAUUUUUCACUAUUUCAACGAAUUUUAAGCAACGAUUACAGGAAUUACAGUAAGCUUUUUUUGAACUAUGGAACAGUUCGAUUGCCUUAUUUUCUUCAUGGUCAUGUAAUUUUUAUUUUUAAAUAGAUUGGAAGAUUUUGUUGAAAACUAUCUUUAGUAUUUCAGAAAAAUAUCUCUGAAACUUAGAAAAGCAAUACUACGUGUUCACAUAUGUGAUAAUAGUUUGUGUACUGAUACAAAAGCGUUUCUACCAGUUGGCUUCUCUUAAUAAUGUGCACUUAUUGCAUAUAAACUGCUAUAUAUUGACAUCUUGUUAGUAGUUUGUGUGGCAUUUGUUACAAAAUUAUUGCUGCUGGUUUAUAUUCUGAUUUAUCGACUAUAAUGAAAAGCAUUGUUAUGAGUUGGCAUUCCUGAAUAAAAGUUUGCAGUCUUGAUUAAAAGUUAAACAUGCUGUAUUUGAAGUUUUGAUACUAAUGCUGACGAAAACAUAAGCAAUAUUUAUAUACGUGAUUGAAAGAAAAUAUUUUAGAAUAUUCUGUGUAUUAAAAUUUUUAUUUAAAUUAAAUACUACCCUGUUCAGAAUGAUUUCAUCAGUAUCAUUUUAAAGCAUCUUUUAUUAGUGCAGCUUUUGACUUAUUAUGCAGCACAAAUGUUGAUGAGUAGUUCUUAUGCACACUCAUUUGCCUCUGUAUAUAUGUGUUGCUCUCUGUAUUAUAAUGAACUUUUCUCCCCUUUGUGGCUGUUGUUCAUUCAACUUAUAUUCCAUGUAAAAAAUAAAUAAAUAAAAGGCCUAUGCUGGAUCUUAAGUAUUUAGAUUUGUAUUGCCAUUAAAAUUGACGAGAAGAA